AUGUCGGAGGCAGCAGAUACAGUCGCACCCCCCACCCCCCACCCCCCCAAAAAAAAACCCAAAAACAAACAACCACUCGGCAUUAAUGAGUUAUAUAUUCCACUGACAGUACUUGACUUUUGUAUAGAGGCCGUGGCGGGGCAGCUGUCUUACUCCGUAGCAGAGGAGUCAAAAGCAGGAACAACCGUUGGGAAUAUAGCCAAAGAUUUAAACCUCAGCGUCCAGGAUUUGGAGGCACGAAUGUUUCAAAUUGUAACCGGGUCGAAGAAGUCAUAUUUCGAGGUAAAUCUUAAGACUGGCUUCCUUUAUGUCACGGACAGGAUAGAUAGAGAGGAGCUGUGUGCGAAAUCCUUGAAGUGCACCGUAAUUGUUGAAGCCGUUAUUAACAAUCCUUUGAAACUAUACCGUAUAGAAGUCAACAUCUUAGAUGUUAACGACAAUUCACCUACUUUCAGUGCAAAUUCUCAAACGAUAGAUAUAGCCGAGAGCACACUACCGGGAGUAAGAUUCCCGUUGUUAUCAGCAUCAGAUUCAGAUGUGGGCAAGAAUGGCGUCAGUAGCUAUAAGCUCAGCCCAAAUGAACACUUCUCUCUCGCCACACACAAAGGGGAGCAGAGUGUGUCGGCUGAGUUGGUUCUACAAAAAGCCCUGGAUCGUGAAAAACAGUCACAUAUUCAGUUAACUGUAACUGCUGUUGAUAGUGGAAACCCUCCAAGAUCAGGCACAUCCCAAAUACACAUAAAUGUUUUAGAUAAUAAUGACAACGUGCCCGUAUUUAGUAGACCCUUGUACAAAGCCAGCAUUUUUGAAAACGUGCCGAUUGGGACUACAGUCGUGGUGAUUAACGCGACUGAUCUCGAUGAAGGCUUAAAUGGUGAAAUUGUAUAUUCGUUCAACAAAAAAGACCAAGAUAAUGUCUUAGAAGUGUUUCACAUUGAUCCGUCAACCGGCGCCAUUACAGUGAAGAGUAAUGUAGACUUUGAACAGCAGAAUGCUUUUGAGAUUCGGGCACAAGCGAGUGACAAAGGGCUGCCGCCUAUGACGGCGCACUGCAAAGUGCUGGUGGAGGUUUUGGAUCUAAACGAUAAUGCUCCUGAAAUAACAGUGACUUCACUACUGAAAACCGUUAAAGAGGACGUGCAAAUAGGCACCGCAAUCGCACUGGUCUCAGUGUCUGAUGCAGACGGUGGGAAAAAUGGCAUCGUGACUUGCUUAGUGAGAAAUAAAGUUCCAUUUAAACUCGACCUAAAUUAUAAAAACUACUACUCGUUAGUCGUUGAUGGUCCUUUAGAUAGAGAAACUGUUUCCGCUUACAACGUCUCAAUUACAGCCACAGAUGAAGGCACGCCGCCUCUCUCCAGUUCACAUGUCAUUACUGUAGCUAUAGCAGAUGUGAAUGACAAUGCACCUCGGUUUGCAGAGCCCGUUAUAAAUGUAUACAUCAAAGAGAACAGCCCUGUGGGCACAGUGAUGACAACUGUGUCUGCAUCUGAUGCUGAUAUCAAUGAGAAUAGCCAUAUGACAUACUCCAUUUUGGAUAUCACCAACAGUAACAGUGUUGCAUCAAUUUCUUCACUUGUAAACAUAAAUUCAGUCACAGGAGAUUUGAGUAACUUGCAGUCUUUCAAUUUUGAGGAAAUGAAAACAUUUCAAUUUAGAGUUCAGGCGACAGACUCUGGUGUCCCUGCUCUUAGCAGUAACGCCACUAUAAAUGUCUUCAUCCUGGAUGAGAAUGACAACAGUCCAGUUGUGCUGCCCCCUUACUCGGAGCACGGCUCUGUCAACAGUGAGAAUAUCCCCUAUAAUGCCGAAGCCGCAUUCUUUGUGGCCAAAAUCAGGGCUGUGGACGCAGACUCUGGAUAUAACGCGCUGCUUUCUUACCACAUCUCUGAACCCAAAGGAAAUAAUCUCUUCCGAAUUGGAACAAGCAGUGGUGAAAUCAGGACUAAAAGGAGGAUGAGUGACAAUGACUUGAAAACUCACCCACUUAUUAUUAUAAUUUCUGAUAAUGGUGAACCCUCUCUGUCUGCGACAGUGUCUGUUGACGUUGUUGUGGUUGAGAGGACGGAUGACAUGCAUACUCCAUUUAGACAUAAGCCUGUUAAGGAUGACACCUUCUCUGACUUAAACCUGUACCUACUGAUUGCCAUUGCGGCCGUAUCUGUGAUAUUUUUGAUAAGUCUGAUCAGCUUGAUCGCUGUGAAAUGCCAUAAAUCAGACAGCAGCCUCAGUGGCUACAACCCCCCAAUGAUCACCACACAUCCUGAUGGAACCUGGUCUUACUCCAAAUCUACUCAGCAGUAUGACGUCUGCUUUAGCUCAGACACACUCAAGAGUGACAUGGUCGUUUUCCCCACACCAUUUCCUCCAGCUGAUGCAGAACUCAUAAGUAUUAAUGGGGGAGACACUUUUCAGCGAACACAAACACUCCCAAACAAGGAAAAGUUGUCCUACUCAGUAUCCGAGGAGUCCAGCGUAGGCACAACGGUGGGAAAUAUUGCUAAGGAUCUAAACCUGAAUGUCCAGGACUUGGAAUCUCGUAUGUUUCAACUGGUCACCGGAGCAAAGAGGAAAUAUUUCGAGUAUGACGUCUGCUUUAGUUCAGACACACUGAAGAGUGACGUGGUAGUCUUCCCAACACCCUUUCCACCUGCUGACGCAGAGCUGAUCAGCAUCAACGGUGGAGACACUUUUAAUAGGACACAAACGCUGCCCAACACAGAAAAGCGGAAGGGGCGGGUGGCCACGCAGAAGGCUUUGUUCAGUUCACCGUCGACAUGA